AUUAAAUAAUUUAGAACUUAGAAUUACUGAAUUAUGUCAUAGGGUGAAAUAACGACGACAUGGGAGUCAUGACUUGACCAAGCACAAAGAAUGAACCAGCAGUAAAAGAGAAAAUAACGCAAGCUGGCUGACUGCUGGUAAAGAAGAUGCUGUUUUUUUGUAGCAGACAUCUGUGGGAUCUGUAAUAGAAAUGAUGGCUGGCUGUGGUGAAAUCGAUCACUCAAUAAACAUGCUUCCUACAAACAGGAAAGCAAAUGAGCCCUGUUCUAAUACCACACCUUCUCUAACUGUCCCUGAAUGUGCCAUUUGUCUGCAAACAUGUGUGCACCCAGUCAGUCUGCCCUGUAAACACGUCUUCUGCUAUCUGUGUGUAAAGGGAGCUUCAUGGCUUGGAAAGCGCUGUGCCCUUUGUCGACAAGAAAUUCCUGAGGAUUUCCUUGACAAGCCAACUUUGUUGUCGCCAGAAGAACUCAAGGCAGCAAGUAGAGGAAAUGGUGAAUAUGCAUGGUAUUAUGAAGGAAGAAAUGGGUGGUGGCAGUAUGAUGAGCGCACUAGUAGAGAGCUGGAGGAUGCUUUUUCCAAAGGUAAAAAGAACACUGAAAUGCUAAUUGCUGGGUUUCUAUAUGUUGCUGAUCUUGAAAAUAUGGUUCAAUAUAGGCGAAAUGAACAUGGACGUCGCAGGAAGAUUAAGCGAGAUAUAAUAGAUAUACCAAAGAAGGGAGUAGCCGGACUUAGGCUAGACUGUGAUGCUAGUACCGUAAACCUAGCAAGAGAGAGCUCUGCCGAUGGAGCGGACAGUGUAUCAGCACAGAAUGGAGCUUCCGUUCAGCCUCUGGUGUCUUCUUCUGUAAGGCCCCUAACAUCAGUAGAUGGUCAGUUAACAAGCCCUGCAACUCCAUCCCCUGAUGCCAGCACCUCUCUGGAAGACUCUUUUGCUCACCUACAACUCAGUGGAGACAACAUAGCCGAAAGGAGUCAUAGGGGGGAAGGAGAAGAAGAUCACGAGUCGCCGUCUUCUGGCAGGGUACCAGCACCAGACACCUCCAUUGAAGAAACCGAGUCAGAUGCCAGUAGUGAGAGUGAGGAUGUAUCUGCGGUUGUUGCACAGCACUCCCUGACCCAACAGAGACUUUUGGUUUCUAAUGCAAGCCAGACAGCACCUGAUCGAUCAGAUCGAUCCGUUCCUGAUCGAUCAGUAGCAGGGGGUGCGACAGUGAGUGUCAGAUCUAGAAGGCCUGAUGGACAAUGUACAGUAACUGAAGUUUAAAUAAAGUCUUAAGCGCCAUGCUCAAGGUGGAAAGGGUUACCUGUAAAUUUCUGCCCACAUACAUUAUACUCAUCCCUGGUAGUACAUUUUGGGGAUUGGGGUGGGAAGGGGGAUGGGAAGGAUAGACCCGUAAUUAAAAUGUCUAACAUGUCUCUGUUGAGAAAUUUAUUUAACGUAAGGAACUUGGGUGUUAACAGUUGAGAACCGUUUAGUAAUAACCCAGUUUUCUCAAGGUCUGUUUACUUUAUAUAGUUUAAGAAAAAUUUUCUUUAGUUCUUUUGGCCAGUGUUGUGUGUAUUAUUUGUGCAUUAAUGGUCCUCACUUGACUCUUGCAUCGUGUCUUAUUUUUCUGCAUGGAUUGGCAUAAAACCAUUACUAAAAUUUGGCACCUAUGAGAUGUUUGGUAUCAUUAUGAGCAGAAAGCUUAAUGUGAGAAUAGAUGUGAAUUUGAAUUUUAAAAUAGAUAACUAUUUUAUAGUAAAGUUAUUGAAACAGAAAUGAAAACAGCUAAUAACUUACGUUCAGAAUCUCUGUAACACACUUCAUGGCGUUCCCAUUGGCUUUGCUGUCUAGUCCUUAUAGUUUGAGGUUUCUCUUGGUCCGCAUUUUUUUUUGACAGAAUUUAUAAUUUAAUAAAUAUUAGAGUUUAUCAAAAAUACUCUGUCUCUUGUUUGAGUGUGUGGAAAGGGGAUGGAAUCAUUUGUGGCCAAAGGUUCCUAAAAAAGGGAUUGCAUUCAGCUUAAAUAGUUACCCCAGAAAAGUUUGAUUUCUUCAUAGACAGUAUUUACACAGAAUCUACAGGUAGUGUAUGUGGAAUAAAUAUACGUGGAAAUAA